UAGGGCAGAUACCCUGGUUUUAAAUGAAAACUAGUGAAGCGAAUCUUUCUAUACGAAUAUACUUGGUCGUCAAAAAAGUAGUUUAAAAAAAGCAAGCUACUAUGUUUACCGUUUGGAUGAUCGCUUUUGCGACUGUUUUUGCAGGAACUAUUUUCCACACAUCCACGGGAUUAGCUGAAUACCACCACCCAUGUAACCGAGAAUGCGUGUUGAACGGACCGAUGGUGUGCGAAUACAACUUUACGGUUGAGAACUUCUACACCAUGUCAAGGGCGUGUCACGCAUGUCCGUUUGUGGAGGCGGACUGUUACCGGCCCCACUGCAUCUCCACAAACGGACUGGCCCGGAACGUUCUUGCGGUCAACCGACAGAUCCCGGGACCUAGUAUUGAGGUAUGUCAGGGGGACACGGUGCGCGUAUGGGUGACGAAUCUGAUGGACGACGGAAGCUCAACGAGCAUCCACUGGCACGGACUGGAACAGCGGGGAACAAAUUUCAUGGACGGGGCCGCCAGGGUCACCCAGUGUGAUAUCGGACCGCACGAGACAUUCAGGUACGAGUUCACGGCUGACAACGCCGGGACACACUGGUGGCACUCCCACACCGGCGUCCAGCUGGGUGAUGGCCUCUACGGAGCAUUCAUCGUCCGCGAGCCGCCAUCAUCGGAUAGCCGCUAUUCCAUGUAUGACAAGGACUUGAGCGGCCACGUGAUGCUGAUCAACGACUGGCCGGACAAGCCGCAAAUCUACAGAUACAUGGAGGAGAUGCAGGACCGCUGGAUGCACCCCUACCUGGGCAUUAACGUCCUGCUGAACGGUCGCGGCCGGAAGCACCUUGUGGAUGGCGACCCGGGCGCCUUGGGGUUGACCAUGAAUCCGAACGCCACUUACACGCCGUACGAGACGUUCAACGUCAACAACGGACAGAGAUAUCGUUUCCGGGCGAUCGGUGCAGCCACGCGGUGUUACUUCCGGGUGAGCAUCCAGGAUCACGUGAUCACUGUUGUGACGUCAGACGGCAAUCCAGUCACGCCCUCUACCGUCGAUUCCUUCAUGAUUCAUCCAGGUGAGCGUUACGACUUUAUUCUUCACGCGGACCAGAUCUCAGGUGACUACUGGGUUCGGGUGCAAGCCUUCGGAGACUGCCGGUGGGGCGGAGGCCACGGGUCCGCCAUACUUCACUACCAGGACUGCGACCUGUGCGAGGAUGAGCCGCAGACACUCCCUGAGGGGGAGGAGUUUGAUCACGAGCUUAAGGGCACGAUCUUGAACCCGGACUCCGAGUUUUUCUACGACGGCCAACACGAGACGCACGAGUAUAUCGAGCAGAAGACGUUACGCUACGACCACAGAGAUUUCUGGAAGAACGAGACGUAUCAUGAUGAACGCGUGGACGUGCGCUACUAUAUGAACCUGCGUUACCAGGCUAACGACAACUCUAUGUACAGCCACCCCGACUACUAUCCACAGGAGUCGAGAUACGGACUCAUCACACCUACAAUCAACAAUCUAACGCUCUACCGCCCUACACUUCCUCUGGCGACGCAAUGGGAGGACGUCACGCAUAAACGUCUGUGUAACGCUUCAACCGUCGAUACAGUCAACGACUGUAACGAUGACCUGUGUUACUGCACGCACAUGCUAGACGUGGAAAUGGGACAGGUGGUAGAGUUCUUCAUUUAUGGACAGGCCAACGACCCUCAUCAGAUGCAUCUCCAUGGUUACACAUUUCGCGUCGUCGGCGACGGACAUGUAACCAACAACUGGAACGACAAUAAAGCCUUCAACUCAGUAACAAUGCAAGAGGUAAUUGAACGCGACAGAAACGGGGAGUUCCCUAGGAUUCUGACCAACCCCAUUUACAAGGACACAAUCACUGUGCACUCAAAGGGCGGCUACUCCAUCAUCAGAUUCAAGGCGGAUAACCCAGGUGUGUGGUUUUUCCACUGCCACAACGAGGGUCAUCUGAUGCAAGGGAUGGCGCUGCUCGUUAAAGUAGGCCGGCCUGUUCACACCAUGGAUGGCGCGAAGCAAUUCCCCCAUCCGCCGAACUAUUUUCCAGUGUGUGGCAAGACCGUUGGUCACUUGAACAAGAUCAAACAAUGCGACGUCAGUGGAGCCUCUGCCUUGGUUGUUCAAAUGUCCACCGUAAUCUUGGUUGCAGUGUACAGUCUAUUGCUGUUAUGAGACGUGAUGUAAAGACAUUAAGGAAUACUUGCUUUUAUUUGAGAUUAUAGUCAUUUUUUUCUUAUGGCUGUAUUCCUCGCGUAUGUCAUAGCUAUUCCCAUACCAUGUUACAAACGUCCUUCGGCACAUCAUUUUUGCGUUAUCAUUAUUUACCAUUUCUUUGAUAUUGUCAUUUUACUUUUUACGUAUCUUAAAGACUCACCAGAACAUGUGAUUAUACUGUAAAUAAUAUUUUAAUCAGAUGCCUUUUAUUUCUUAAUAAAACUGGUCCCGACUUC